ACUUGUUCCUCCAUGAUUCUCGGGCUCAAACUUGUGAUUUGGUCAUCUUCGAGCCGGACUUGUAUAAUGUUCACAUUCUUGGCAUGUAUCCCCGUCGAUGGUUCAUCGAGAAUGCGUAGCACCAAUCCUUGCAUGGUCUGUUGAAGUUGCUAGGCACGUGCUCUCGUAAUCGGUCCGGUCGGAAUGUGCGAUUCAUCAUCACUGGUUCGAAGUCCUUCCGACCUAAGCUCGUCAGUUUGACCCGGAGUCGUAUCAUUUUCUCUCUGAUGUCUUAGAUUUACAAAUGAAUCAUGGAAACUCUUUGAGUUUGUUGACCUUUUGAAUUAAUGUAUGCAGGUUGGAAGAAAAAGGAGUGUGAAUGGAAAAACAAGGAAGUCGAGUCAGAAAGUAAAAUACAAAAGUUGCAGCAGAAAGUUAGUCAGCUUAAGGAGGCUGCUGCUUGGUCUUGCUCAUGGGAUUUCCAUAGAUCUCACUACAUAUAUGCUGGAUUACAGAAUGGUACCUUGAUGGUGUUUGAUAUGUGCCAAACUGUGAAGCCCGUGGAAUCCUUGAAUGGGCUGUCAUCCAACCCAAUUCAUACAAUACUGUCCUUCUCACAGAAGAAUACUAAUAGACCUAGACCAGUCCUAACUGCAUCUUCAAUUGGCCUGUCUCUGUGGAACGAUGACUGUCGUGAGGAAAGACCUACUUUGGUUCCGGAAAGUGCAGAUGAGGGUGUCUGCAUUUCUCUUGCUUGUUCUCCCAAUGGUGAUGACAUUGUUGCCACCUACCGUCCAAAGAUCGAUAUGUCUACUGAGGUGACACCAACCCAACCUUCAGCUAACUCUUCGCCUAUCUCGGGGCAAGUAACACAAGGUUCUCAUGUCCUUUUCAAAAGAGCAGCGGGAAGCAACUUUCUUCAGAAGUCCGGAUCCAUGUAUGCAAAUGUGAGUGAUAUCCAUCUCCCAAGGUCUGCGAUUGUUGGCUCGGAGAAUCAGAACCGGUUCUUUGCUUUUGGAGACGAAGCAACGAAUGAGGUGACCUUGCAAGGGUUGCCAUCUUUCUCCACUUCUCAGAGGUUUAAAUUAAAGAAACACCCUUUGCGUGAUAUAAAGUACACAGUUGCCAUGAACCGCGGUCUAAUCACUUGUUUAAGUGAUGAUAUCUUGCAAGUCUUCAGCCGUAGACAGGGAUAAUAACGGUACACAUUGCUCUUUUAGUUUUAGGUGAGCAGCUUUGGAUUGAUUAUUUCCAUAUAUUAAUAAAAUUCAUGACUGGAAUCUCAGGAACCAACUUGUUGGUUUUUCUGGAUGGCAAAGCGACUUUGAAAUUGUAGGGGAAGAGCUUUCCUUUGUGCAGAAUCAGAAAAGUGAAGUAGCAUUGUACAGUGAAUCUUCUUUUUUAUCCUCAGUUUCUCCCAGGGCCAAAUCCUCUUGGGAGGCUGUAACUUUAUGUUUAGAGAACUAUCUUCCUUUUGAUUUGUAUGAAUCGCGGCAAGCAACUUUGUGGUAUUCUUCCCUUGGUAUUGGUGGAAAAUACGUGGCUCAAUGUUGAGGAUGAUAUAUUUGUUCA